AUGUGUCUGGUGAUGCGUCAGAAAGAGGCUCGCCUAGCAUAUGGCAACCGCUUCACUCCAUGUCAAUACAUCACGCUCUUUUAUUAUAAGUCAAGCAUGACGGCCUGCUUGAGACCCUCACCUCCAAGAGGGGAAGACGAUAAGAGGGUUGAAAUGAGCGAGCUUGCUGAAGUUGACGAGCUGUACAACCAAAAGACUGCGCAAGAGAAGCGUGAUGCACGUGCAAAAGAGAGGAGAGAACGCGACCGGCUACAGGCUGAGCAGGUCAAGGAAGUUGCCGAGCGCAAAGCAGAGGAAGAACGUCAAAGGCUGGCUCGCGACUAUUAA